AUGCAUCUCACUCUCGCCUUGGCCGCCUUGUUCGGACAGACCUUGGCGUCCACGCUCACCGACGCACCUCCAGCUACCAACUCAUCCGCGCUGGAACGCCGGCACAUUGAAAUGGUAUUUCCACCCCAGAGGAACUUUGACAAUCAGGAAUGGGGACACUUCAACCCGCUUGCGCCCGAUGGCUCCAACUACCCUUGCCGUCCCCGCAAAGGCCUCCAGCUCAAGGUAAAAGGCAGUCCCACCCACUUUACCGCUGGAGUCAAGUUCGAAGUCAAGUUUGCGGGCGAGGAGGGCAAAGGUGCAGUCCACGGUGGCGGCUCUUGCCAGUUCUCACUCUCCAAGGGUCACUCGCCAAAAAAGGACACUAGGUUUUAUGUCAUCAAAUCCAUCGAGGGAGGCUGUCCCAAGAGAAAUUCGGAUGGCAACCUGAAACCUGGCGAGGAGCCCGACAAGUACGAGGUUGAGAUUCCACCACAGUUUGAACCUGGUGACUGGGUCUUCGCCUGGACGUGGAUCAACCGCAUCGGCGGCGAGCCCGAGUACUACAUGAACUGCUCGCCCAUCAGGAUUGUUGCCGGGGCUGAGAAGUCCAGCUUGCAGCGUCGCAGGGAACAGGGCCCGCCCAAGGAAAAAGAGGCUGCUCCCGAGGCGAAGCAGCCCGGUACCAGCGAUGCAGAGCCAGGGCCCAAGGGGAAGGAACAGGGUGCAUCGGAGAAGGGGAACGCUCCCAAAGAGACCAAGAAGCCCAGCCCCAGCGGGAAAGAGCUUGGCGGCAUCGCCCAAUACCCUGGCGUCUUUAUGGCCAACCUUGGCGAAGUGAGUGGAGGCUGCACCACCACGGCGGCCCUGAGGGCGCAAAAAGCCAUCUUGUAUCCUCACCCGGGCAACAUUGUCGAACGCGGCAACGGCGAUGCGGACCCGAAGCUAAUCACCCAGCCAUGCGACGGCAACCCUCACAACAAGAAUAGGUAA